AUGGAGAUUGAGGAACAGAAGUCUCUUCCCUUCCUAGAUGUCCUAGUGCCUCGUAAUGAGGACGGAAGUCUUGGUCACCGAGUCUACCGAAAGCCUACACAUACGGACAGAUACCUCCAUGCCUCCCCACACCAUCACCCUUCUCUAAAGAACUCGGUGAUAAGCUCUCUUAUGUACCGAGCUCUCACUAUUUCCCACCCUCAAUACCUGGAAGCCGAAGUUCAACACCUGGAUAAAGCAUUGAAUAACAAUGGAUACCAGAGCAAACAAGUCCACGGUGUUUUGCACAGGCUGAAAAAUAAGAACUCAGCUGAAAGUGAACCUGCUGAUAAAGUAGAACAUCAGAAAACGGCUGUUCUCCCGUAUCUUCAAGGUACGACCGAUCGCAUAAGCAAGGUACUACAGAAGCAUGACAUCAGGACAAUUUUCAAACCACCAACGAAAAUUGGACAAAUGCUCCCCAGUACUAAGGAUCGGAGACCACCGCUUAGUCUCCCAGGGGUAUACAAAAUCCCUUGCUCUAGUGGAAAAGUAUACAUUGGUGAAAUCGGGAGGUGGAUCAGUACACGCAUCAACGAACAUCAACGGUGUGCGAAAAAUGGCCAUAUCUCGCAAUCUGUACUGGCUGAACAUUGGAUGGACACUGGACACUCUAUCCAAUAUGACAAGACGAAAAUGCUUGCCAGCUCAUAA